AUGUCUCUGGUGCAAGAACGCCGACGAAUCGGAUUGAACCUCCAUUUCGAACAUUCGAACGGAUCGAGCACCGCCAAGUGGCACUCGCCAGAGCCAAUCUCCUCCGCCAGCCGCAAAGGCAUCCUGAGCGCAUCCUUAGAAGGCAUCCACAGCCGGCCGGAUGGUCUCCUCAAGGCUCAAGCUGAGACAGACAACCUUGCUGGCAUUGCAGCUCGAAAAUGUCUACAGGAUGGAGCAUGGGUUGAAGAGCCCAUAGAGACAGGGUGGGAGUUCCGCAGGGAUGCCAUUCCCGGGAUAGACAGCCUUUGGAUCUUCCUUUCCUCCACCACAUCUGGUUUCAAUCCGGUCUUCACCGCAACCCAUAUAUUUCAUUCGCCGCUGACGUUUGAAGAGGUCAAGGCGGCCAUCGAGAAACAAAAGCUGCAGGGCUACGGCAGAGGAUGGCACAGUGCACGCUUCGUCGAAGACCCGAACUGGGCAGUUGAGCGGCAUUUGCGCGUCGAAAGGCUUCCGGAGCCAGCCGGUCUUCGAGAGCUCGAGGCAUACACAGGAAGAUUUAUUGCACAACAAUGGGACUUGAACAAGCCUCUUUGGGAAUGCGUAUUGUUGGAGAACUUCCAUGACUCCGAGUCCUGUGGCAAAGGUGCCAUGAUCACGCGCGGCCACCACACCUCCGCUGAUGGUGUCGGUUUUGUCAUGUCCCAGCUGUACAUCACAUCCUACGGUGCAGAUAUGGAGCGCUUGCUCAAGGAGGACGCGCAGCCGCUGCAUGAAGCUCGACGCGGAUCGGCUAAGCCUUCGAAGCUCCACAAGGCUCUCCAGUCGCUCGAUGCGCAUCACCAACAGUUCUGGCUGCAGAUUGCCAUGUUUGGUCUGUACUGGACGGUAUUUUCCAUUCAGACGAUUUUGGAGCUAUACGGGAGUAUUAUUCAGACCUGGAUCACCUCUGUCAUCUUCUUUCUCACUUUCUGGCGCCAGCGCUAUGUCACAAACUGGGCCCCGGGAAGCAUCGAGAAGAAGGAGUUUAGCACGAGCAAGACAUUUCCCAUGGACGACGUCAAGAAGCUGCAGAGGGCUUUCAGCGGGCCGCGGCCGGAUGUAGUAGCAGAUGAGCUGGACGCCCGCGGUCGGGGACCCGGGCUGGCCAACAAGAUGCUCACCGUGACCGACUAUUUCCUACCGAAUCCGAUUGGCCUGUUCAUCCCGAUCAACAUCCGUCCCAUCAGUGAUGCCACGAUGCGCAACUGGUCGACGGGCGGAAUCGCCUACUUGCCUGGCGGCCAUGGGCUCCCCACCAGCGUGAAUGCGCUCCACGCGCGUUUGCACGCAAACAAGAAGCGGCUCAGCAUCGUUAAGCAGAGCUUAAUGCCCAAGCUGUUCUCCCAUCUCGGCCAGUUGACCAGACAGGUUCUUAUCCUCAUUCCUUCUAACCACUGGACGUCGGUUCGGAAGUUCGUGAAGUGCAUAGAGGAAGUCAUCAUGUCGUCCUUCACUGCAGUCCUAACCAACGUCCCUGGUCCUCCGAGAAAUGUCGAAAUGCAGGGCCACGCAGUGCGUCGCUGGACCGCUUCACCUCCUCACGCAGGCAAGCAGACCUUGGGUAUCGGUAUCAUCUCCGCCAUCAGCAUCAGCGUUUCAGCCGACCGCGUGAAGGGCAGGGAAGGCGCGGCUCGUCGCAUCACGUCUAAAUUUGAAAAACGUUGGCAGCAGUAUCUCGAUGCCGCUGAUAAGGUUCUCGUAGGGAUCAAGCAAUGUCGCAUUUUAAUGUAA